AUGAUCAAAGAAGUAGAGGCAGAGAACUUAGACAAUGUACCUGAUGUUGACUUCCCCCAUCAAGAUGCAGCUCCAGGACAUGUUCACCUGCACCCAUCUCCAGAUAUGGACAAUAACCCAGUGCUUGGCAAGAUUCGUCGGGUUACAGUUGAGGAAGUCAAAGAUGAGGAUGGGAUGUCAUUCCCCAAUAACAGGAGAUAUUUCAAGCCUCAGCUGGAUGCUGGCUGGGCACUGCAUGAGGGGGAGACGAGUUUUGAAAGAUAUAGAACAUACCAAGAGGAAGAGGGUGAGGAUCCAUGGUUGCCUUUCGAGGAUGUGGAAGAGUGGGAUCUGGCCCAGUGGCUUGUUAAGAACCUUGGUCAGACAUGGACCAAUAAAUUCCUCAAAUUGCCCAUAACACAAAACCGCUCCAAACUUUCAUUUCAUAACAACCACUCAUUCUUGCAGCACAUGGACAAACUUCCACAUGGGCCAGGAUGGACUUGUAAGAAGGUGACUGAAGACGUUGAAUUGUGGAUCCAUAAUCCUGUAGAAUGCAUGAAAGAGCUCAUUGGCAACCCAUCCUUCAAAGAAGAUAUGGCCUACUCACCUGCAAAAGCAUAUGCAGACUGUGCAGGGCAAGAUAGAAUAAUUGAUGAGAUGUGGACAGCAGACUGGUGGGGCGAGAAACAGAAAGCCUUGCCAGAAGGUGCCAUAAUAGCACCAAUCAUUCUAUCUUCAGAUAAAACGUCCUUGUCACAGUUCCAAGGGGAUAAGUCGGCAUGGCCAGUGUACAUGUCCAUUGGAAACAUCACUAAAGCAAAAAGGCGCCAAGCAUCAGCACAAGCAACUGUCCUGAUUGGGUACUUACCAGCAGGCAAACUUGACUGUUUCACCACUGAUGCACACUCCUUGGCUGGAUACAGACUCUUCCACCAUUGCAUGACUAUACUGCUCCAACCUCUCAUUGGUGCUGGAACCAACAGUGUUGAAAUGGUGUGUGCAGACUCAUGGGUUCGUCGUGUCUACCCAAUUCUUGCAGCAUGUGGCCGAUUUCCCGGAACAGUGUUUGACAUUUUUCUAGCUUUCACACCUGAUCUUUUGCAUCAACUUCAUAAAGGUGUCUUCAAAGACCACCUUGUGAAGUGGUGCAUUGAUAUUAUUGGGGAGGAUGAAAUGGAUGCACGUUUCAAGGCAAUCCCGAAUUAUCCCGGUGUAGGGAAUGAGAUUCCUCCAGGCAUAGAUCACCCAUAUUACAACUCAUGA